ACACAUGCCGUCAAAUCCUUCAUAUGUUAUUAUACUGGUAUUAUAUCACUCAUUUGUUCGUAUUCUUCAAACAGCUAAAUGAAUAGGACACUCAUUCUGCAGUGUGUCGGCAGGCUGCAACGAGGCUUCUUCUUGGCACCAGUUUCUGCUCCAUGGAGCACUCGGAGGGUCCGACAUGCAUGCAAGGAUGUUUGCAAAGAAGGAAAAAACUACUACAUCACCACCCCCAUCUUUUAUGUCAAUGCCUCUCCUCACCUGGGGCACUUGUACUCCGCAGUUUUAGCGGACUGCAUGCACAGGUACAAGCUUCUUCAGGGGUUCCACUCGAGAUUUGCCACAGGCACGGACGAACACGGCCUUAAAAUCCAACAGGCUGCUGAGGCGGCAGGAGAAGACCCCCUCGCCUUCUGCACGAGCGUCUCGCAGAGUUUCCGACGCCUCUUUGGCUCCUGCCACGUGUCUUUUACGGACUACAUCAGAACCACGGAGGAGAGGCACCGGCGGGCCGUGGAGCACUUCUGGUGCCUGCUGCGCGACAGGGGACUCAUCUACAAGGGGAGCUACGAAGGAUGGUACUCCACGCCGGACGAGAGCUUCCUCACGCCGACGCAGGUCGCCGACGCCGUGGACUCAUCGGGGGACGCCAUCAAGGUGUCGCUGGAGAGUGGGCACAAGGUGGAGUGGCUCAAAGAGGAGAACUACAUGUUCCGUUUGUCGGCCUUUCGGACGCAGCUCCUGGACUGGCUCCACAACAACCCCGGCGCCAUCCAGCCCGAGCGUUUCCGCCAGGAUGUUCUCCUGUGGCUGCAGGACGACCUUCCGGACCUCUCCGUGUCCCGCCAGAGAAGUCGCCUCCAGUGGGGGAUCGCCGUGCCGGGGGACCCCGACCACACCGUCUACGUGUGGCUGGACGCUCUGGUCAACUACCUGACGGUGGCCGGUUACCCCGGCGACCACCAGCGCUGGUGGAGCGUCUCCCGCCACGUCGUGGGCAAAGACAUCCUGAAGUUCCACGCCCUCUACUGGCCGUCGUUCCUCCUGGGGGCGGGGCUGGCGUUGCCCCGGUGCUUGUACGUGCAUUCCCACUGGACCGUCGGCGGGAGGAAGAUGUCUAAAAGUUUAGGGAACGUGGUGGACCCCUUUGAGCGCUCCCGGGCGUUCACCGUAGACGGUUUGAGGUACUUCCUGCUGCGCCAAGGCACGCCAGAUUCCGACUGCGACUACACGGACGACAAAGUCAUCAAGCUGCUCAACGCGGAGCUGGCCGACUCUCUCGGCGGCCUCUUGAACCGCUGCACCGCUCCCGCUCUGAACCCCGCCCAGAUUUACCCGCACUUCUGCCCGCAGUCGUUCUCCGGGAUGCAGGACCCGGAAGACGGCCGCAUGUUGGACGCCGUGCGAAGCCUCCCGUCAGUGGUGGAGCGUCACUACGACACCUUGCACACCUACAAAGGCCUGGAGGCCGUCGCUGCCUGCGUGAGGCAGACAAACGGCUUCGUUCAACGCCACGCGCCGUGGAAGCUAGACAGGACGGACGGCGGAGGAAGACGCCGGCUGGACACCAUCAUCCACGUCUCCUUGGAGUGUCUCAGGAUCUACGGCACCCUCCUCCAGCCCGCCGUGCCGCUGCUGGCCGACCAGCUGCUGUCCAGACUCGGAGUGCGAGCGGACGAGAGGAAGUGGACCGACCUGGACUUCCUGCCCAGCCAGAAGGGGACGGACUGCUCCUUCCAAGGGAGAGCGCUGGGACCCGACACAGGAGUGCUAUUUAGUCGCCUGGAACGUCCCGGCGAGGAGAAGCCAAAGAAAAUGAAUAAAAAGCAGACAAAGUGAUCAAACGAUGUGUUUGUCCGAAUUUAAAAUCAAUCACUAAAUGACUUUAUGUAAAACGUCCUUAAAGAAAUGAAACAAAUCAGUUUGCUUCAACCCACAUGAAGCAUCUUUUUAUAAAAAUGUUUUUACUGGUUGUUUUGUUUUAUCAU